UAACAUUUUAGAAAUGUCAUUUUGAAAUGAAUCUUGAAAUGUUUCAUGUGACCCAAACAAAACUACCUCAGUAUCAAGAAAAAUAAAACAAAAUUCAGUUUGUUUGAAACAAACCAAAUCUAUUUUGUUCACCCAUCGAACUGAAAAGUCAAUAGUUCAGAUGAGGAGUCCCAUUGAAUUUAAUGGGACUGUUUGGGCCAGUAAGUAUUGCUCUAGAUUGGGCCUGUGGUCUGUGAGGAGCUUUGGCAUCCUUUAGAAUAAAAGGUGCGGAAUGUGGUAGUUCUCAGUUGGGAUGGCUGUAGUCUUUAUUAUUAGUGUAUUGGUAUCAGGGGAACAAAAAUAUAUAAGAAGAGGAUCUUGCUACAUUAUCAGCCUGUCAAAUCUGGCUGUGUCCCUGAAGGGAAUAUGGAUGAAACAUUCAAUUGAGUUAAAUUUCUUUCAGUGAGGGGUUUUUGUUCUUGGGGUUUUUUGCUUGAUUAGCAGCCUAACAAAUGGAACUUGCUUUGUGUGCUGACUAGUUGUUUCUAAAAGCUUCCUUUCAUUGUGCUGUGGGUGAGAAAGUGUGUUAAAACCAUCACUAGAUGCACUUCCUCCCUGUGAGAGAGAUACUAGUAGAAACUCCUGUUAUCUCUUCUCUGGAAAUGGAUCCUGUACAGGGAGAACCACCUUGAUUUUUUUUCAUUAUUUUACCACUGGUUAUCCUAAGAUAAAGAUUUACCGUAAUGCACAAAUGGAAUGUUCCUUUUGGUUGAUCAUUACAGAGUCUUUCUGGCUGUCCCAAUUCUUUCAGAUGUUGGUAGGGAAUCACGUGUCUUUUGGCAAACAUUAUGGUUGAAAUUGUGCUAGCACCAUUAUGUUUAAUCUGCUUCCAUGUGGCUGUUUCCUUCCGGGUUUUAGGAUGGUUUGCAUGACUAGAAGAUACAUUAUAAUUAUUUCAUAUAGCUAUUCUAAAUGGUGCUAUGGGCAUAUAACAGAUGAAAGACAUAGAGUAUGUAACAUUGUACAUGUGCUUAUUUCAAAGAUCAAAAUACCCCUGUGGACACCAGUGUCGGGUACCAGCAGAAUACCUACCAAUCUUGGCUGGGACCUCUAAAUGCUACCUUAACACACAUACUAAAUAAUGUAUAACAAGUUGCCGAAGAACUGAUUUUAAAACAUUUUGGUUGUAACCUUAAAUAUAUAAAAUAAUUUUGGAUCCUGAUUUUUUUUUACAAAAGCUUUGCAAGCAGCUUUGUGAGUGAAACACAAAUGCCAUUUUCUUUUAUCUUCCAAAUAAGAAUUAUUUUAUUCUGCAGCAAAAAAAUGAAUGUGAAAGGGGGAAAUUAGACAAGCUCCAAGAGAAUUGACAAUGGAAUUUUUUGGCAGAUGUGGAUGUUCGUUGUGUCCUCUUUUCUCUGCAUAAUCUCCCUACACACACUUUUUUUUUUCCCUUUUGGUACCAAGGAUCUUCUGUUCUGUGGAUUAAAACCUGUUUCCCACUUUUUGUGCUGUAGUCAUGGCCCACCCAUGGUUGUAUUGGCUGUCUCACAUUGUGUCUGAUGUUGCUAAUUUUAGGAAUGAAUUAAACGUGACAAACAGAAAUUGCACACAUGGCAACAGGAUUCUUAAAAAAAGAAAUCAGCGUUCUAGGAUGUUACCUGACUUUGUGUUUAAUAGUGCAGAGAGUAAAAGUUUCAUGAGCAUAUAGUUGCUAUUUAUGUUCUUAUGAGAGCUAAAAAGAGGGAACCCCACUUUUUGCACCCAGUAGUAGGAUUGCCCUUGCUGUCUUUCAGUAUGCAGAAAUCUUUUUAAAACCACUUUAACCCUCUCUCUCACUGUAUCUUGUUCCUGGAUUCUGCUCUGAAACUUCAAGACUACCAAAAACUGUAACCUUGUGUGUUGUGUGUUGCUGCUGUAGAAAAGUCCCUGCAUGCACCAACCCUGAGAGAUUGUUUUCUAGCACUUUAAUGUAGUUUUGUGUUUUGGAGUUGGAGAGGAUGGUACUGAAAUGUAGUGCCUACUUUCAUGUCCAGAUACUAGCAGCCACCUAAGUUAUUUGUGGUACUUAUUUUAACCCAUACUCUCUUUUUCUGUAGAAGUUCCUUUAAUUGGAUGACACUGAUGUUAAUACAUAAGACUUCUGAUUGUGUUAUGCAAAUACUGUGAAACAAAAAAUGAACUGCCAGAUCCUAUUAAUUCAGUGAAGCUAUUAUUUCUCUUUUAGGUGAGGUUCUCUUUCUUUUAGCUUACCAGAACACAAAAAUAGACUAAGCUGCAGGGAGGAUACUAAUUACUAAGGCAAACCCUCAGGACGCUGAGGAAAUCUCCUUCAGCUCUUGUCCUAAUGACAGAAAAGAUCAUGUUGAUAUCUGACUAUGCAUCAUUCGGCUCGUGAUGCUGUUUAAUUAUGCUGUUGGUGGGGAGCCAUUCUUGCCGUUUUACAGACUUACAGGACUUCAUUAUUUCAUUAGGCUGAAGUAUCAUUUGAUUGCAGAUGUCUCUGGGAAAAACGCUGUUUGGGUGAAAUUUUCCUGUUCACACUUUCCGUGUCAAAACAUCUGGCUGGAGGAUAUGUCUGGAGCUGCGUCAAAAGAUGUGCUCUAGUAUUGUUUUAACAGUGGCUUGGCUAAUCUGGUCAGUGAUCGAUAUUUUUUAAUCAAAGGCUGUAGAUCAAAAUCUCUCAAUUUGGGCUUCUGAGCCACUGAACAUACCAGAAACAGAUUUAAUAUCUGCCAUUUUACUCCAUGUACACACAGCACUGUGCAGUUUAGAGUAAGAAAAGUGCAACAUACUUACUUACCCUUUUAACUCUCUCCAUAGUUUCUAAUACUUGGUUUAAAAACUCUCUCUCAUUUAUUUUUGUUCUUUUCCAAUGGGUGAUACAAGGCAGUGUAUUAAUUCUUCCUCUCACCCCAGUGUUUCUGAUGACAGAAAUUAACAUGACUCUCUAACCUCCUUAUAUGAGCAACAAUACCUUCCUUGAUGCUAGCAUAGCUUUCAGAAUAGUGUAUAUUAGCCAGUUGCUACUGCAGGUCUAACAGGAAUCUUUCACUUUCUCCUUUUCUUAUUGUGGGUUACCCGUGUUCUGGAAGAGAGAAAUCUUCAUGCUUCAGAGCUUAAGCCAACGUUUGUUGGGGGUUAGGAGGAAACUUUCCAUAGGGACAGAUUAUGCCCGCACUUCUAUGGCAGGGUUUCUUGCAUCUCCUCUGAAGCAGCUUUUACUGGUCCAUUGUGAUAAUUGGACCACAGUUCAUCUUCGUGGUAAGCUCCGCUGUAAAAAGUCACAAAAAUGGUCAAAACAGUCACCACUAGAACAGUUCGCCAGGUCCCCCUGGGGCCCGAUGGUCUGCCGGUAAUGGAUAGCUCCUCUCCCAUGGGCAGCUACACAGAUUCAAUAGACAGAAGAUACAUGAAGAAUGGUGAGCGUUACAUCACACCACAAGCUUCGUCCACGUUGACCAGAUCUUACAAUAGCUACGAUUCUUAUCCCGACGCCCACGACAGCCAGUAUCGCCCUUUUAUCAGCCACGAUGGCUAUGGAGACCUAGCUGACAAUUAUGGCAGCUUGUCCCGUGGCAUCAACUACCGUCCUCGCUAUGCCUACAUGCCAGGAAACAGUUACCGGCCAGAGGAUGGUAGUUUCACCUUGCCAAGCAGGAGGGAUAACUAUGGUCCCAUGGCCCAGCCCCAAGUGCCAACAGGCAGCAACGUUGACUUGAAUCGCUCCCAGCCAGAACGUUUCCAGCCAGAGCCUUAUGGGUUGGAGGACGAUAACCGGAGCCUCGGGGUAGAUGAUGAAGGGUAUGAACUGGACCCAGAUUACUCCACAGUGAACCGAAGGACAUCUGCAGGGGUGCCUGAGAGGGGGAGACCUCACAAAGGAAGGGGCUACGAUGACCCUGUUGAGUCAGAGAUGGUUGACGAGAGGAUCCCUUACCUUCACGGUGGCUACGCAGCACCAUUAGCACAGCCAGAGAGGGGGAGCAUGGCCAGCAUCGAACGCCUGGGCAAGCGUUCUCCCUCCAUUGACAGCAUCCGCAAAGACCCCAGGUGGCGGGACCCUGACCUCCCUGAAGUGAUUGCCAUGCUCAGUCACCCCAUCGAUCCAGUCAAGUCCAACGCGGCAGCAUACUUGCAGCACCUGUGCUAUGAGAACGAUAAAAUAAAAAAGGAUGUGAGGCAUCUGAAAGGGAUUCCCAUCUUGGUGGGUCUGCUAGAUCACCCAAAGCCAGAGGUCCAUCGCAAAGCUUGUGGGGCUCUCAGAAACAUCUCUUACGGGAAGGAUAAUGAGAACAAGGUGGCUAUAAAGAACUGCGAUGGGAUCCCGGCAUUGAUCAGGUUAUUGCGGAAGACAAACGACAUGGAAGUCAGAGAGCUCAUUACAGGCACUCUUUGGAACUUAUCAUCCUAUGAGCCCCUGAAGAUGGUGAUCAUUAACCAUGGCCUUCAGACACUGACAAACGAGGUGAUUAUCCCCCAUUCCGGAUGGGAGAGCGAGCCGAAUGAGGACUCUAAGCCUCGGGAUGCUGAAUGGACCACGGUCUUCAAGAACACAUCUGGCUGCUUGCGGAAUGUAAGUUCAGAUGGCGCAGAAGCUCGGAGAAGACUAAGAGAGUGUGAUGGCUUAGUGGAUGCUCUCCUUCAUGCUCUACAGUCUGCAGUCGGCAAGAAGGAUACAGAUAACAAGUCUGUGGAGAACUGUGUGUGCAUUAUGCGAAACCUUUCAUAUCACGUCCACAAAGAGGUCCCAGGAGCUGACAAGUACCAAGAGCUGGAUGCAAAUCAGCCUACCAGCACAGGAGGCUCUCAGAAGAAGAAGAAAGAUGACGCUGGCUGCUUUGGAGGGAAGAAAGCUAAAGAGGAGUGGUUCAAUCAAGGAAAGAAAAAUGGAGAUCUGGACAGGAACUUUGAUACACUUGAUUUGCCCAAGCGGUCCGAAGCAGCAAAAGGCUUUGAAUUGCUCUACCAGCCAGAGGUGGUCCGGCUCUACCUCUCAAUCCUCACUGAAAGCCAGAACUUCAACACUUUGGAAGCUGCAGCAGGGGCUUUGCAGAAUCUCAGUGCUGGAAACUGGACAUGGUCCACGUACAUCCGUGCAACAGUACGAAAGGAGAGAGGCUUACCAGUCCUCGUUGAGCUUCUUCAGUCUGACUCUGACAAGGUUGUGAGAGCUGUGUCAAUUGCACUGAGGAAUCUGUCUAUGGAUCGUCGCAAUAAGGAUCUCAUAGGUAGUUAUGCCAUGGGUGAACUGGUAAGAAAUUUGCCUAGCAGGCAGCAGAGAUCUGCUAAAAACCUGGAAGAGGAUACAGUGGUUGCAGUCUUGAAUACCAUCCAUGAAAUCAUUACUGACAGUUCAGAAAAUGCAAGGUCCCUGAUCCAGACACAGGGCAUUCAGAAGCUGGUAGCUAUCAGCAAGUCAAGCCAGUCCCCCCGGGAAACAAAGGCAGCAUCUCAUGUUCUUCAGAUGGUCUGGAGCUACAAAGAGCUACGAAAUGUCCUACAGAAGGAUGGAUGGAACAAAUCCCAUUUCCAGUCUGUUUCUGCAGCACCAAAGGGAUCCAAAGGUACUUCGGGCAAAUCUGGCUAUGAUGAUAGUACUCUGCCACUGGUGGAUAAAAGCCAAGAUAAUGAGAAGGCUGGAAGUCGUGAUAUGAUUCCUCUGGAUGAACUUGGUCCAGAUGGGUACUCCACCAUCGAUCACCGGGACAAAGAGCGCAAAUACAAGACCAAUGACAAUAUAGGGGAUGCAUCGGAAAAAGAACCUUUAAAAGUAAGCUUCCAGCUAUUCCAAAGGCUGCUUAAUGUCAUUACAGAAUGGGACAUCCAGUGUCAGCAGCAAGGAACGUGUGUCGCGAGUACUCAGCAGGGGCUUGCAAAUGGUUCGCUAUAAAGGCACCAUUUCGUAAGUGAGCACUCGUUAGCCUUAAAUGGAAGCAAAUGCUGCUUUCUAAUAAGGGAGCAACUGCAGGAGAGGGUUUUAUAAGCUGAGAUGUGCUCACGUCCCUGUAGGUAAAUAACGGUUUUACAAAAGAACGUGUUUGCUUUAUCACUUUCAGCUCCUCCAUCUAGAUAUAUUCCCCAGCCCUAAAAUGUAUAGCUCCGCAGGAGACUUUGUUCUGAGAAUAGUCACAUCGAACAGUUACUUCCCACCAUGGAAACCAUAAAGGGGUGUAGCUGAAAGCCUGUGUGUCUUUGUAAAGCAGUGUGGUGUAUAUAGCUCCCAGCCCUCGCUCAGACUCUCCUGCACAUGGACUCUGUAUAUGGGUCAGUCUCUCUUACACAGAGCCUUCUUUACAAUGAAUUUCCAACUCUCUUCUUCCACGCAGCUUUCUUUCUGAAAAGUCAGACUUGAAUCUCCCACUUCCAUUGUGGGCUAUUGAGUUUACCAGAACAGGCUGUAUGCAAGUAAUUGACUCUCAAUUUUUCUUACAUUCAUGCACAAUUUUAGCUAAGUUUUUAUAAGCAGUUGCUUUAUGCUUUCAGCAGCGCAGUGGCACAUGGGAUUCCUCCCUACCUCGCAAAAACCCCCGCAUACUCUCCUGUGUGUCAGCACUGGGAAAAACCAGACAAUGAAACAAGAGUUUGUGACAGAAAACAUUGCUGCUAGUGUUGGGAACCUCCGUGCUAGGGAGCCCUGAGCAUCUGUGGUGAAAUCUCCUCAGUGUUUUGUGGAAACUCCAGAAGAUCCAGAUGCUCCAGGGUAAAUGGCCGAGCAGUUGAAAAGGAAAGACUUUCCAGUUAGUGCCAGGCACUGAGCAAAGGCAUGCAGAAAAUCUUUCCACAGACUGAGCCAGUAGUACGCCUGCCUGGUGAUGAUGGUCUGUCUAUAUUAACGUGUGGACUCAAACACUCACCAUCAGGAUUGAGCAUAGCUACCCCUCCUCUCUGUUAAAGGUAGAGGCCAGCCACAGUCCGCACUUUAAUUGUUCAGACACAAAUAGUUUUUUUCC